UUGAAUUUUGUUGUGCUUCGGAAAACAUUGUGAGCACGUGGACUGUUGGAUUUUUAAUAAGGCGAAAUUGGAUAGUAAUAACAGUAAACUCGUUGAUUUUCUUGUUUUUCAGUUUUUUCGGAAUAACAUCCAUUAUUUAUUGUGUGGUUUCAAAGACAAUAACCUACAAAUCAGUAAGCGCUCAGUCGCCCACAUUAAAUUGCCAUGUGAUUUGUUGCAAACACAAUAAUAUGGAUUUGCCAAAAAUUGUUGAUAAAAGUGGCUCAUUACGAUGGUUCCUUGUCGCCAGUUGUUUAUGUGGUCAGUCCCAUCUAUAGCAGUGCUGUUUGGGAUUUUCUGGUUACGAAAAAAGAGGGAAUUUGCCAAAUCUGACCCAGGUGGAAGAGAAAGGAUAAAGAGUUUGCAGGAGGAACUAGCAGAAGUCUUAAAAGCUGAAAUUGAAGCUCAGAGAGCAUCUCCACUGGGUAGAGCAGAACGCUCCAUUAUUAAAUCUGCACCAAUUGACAUUCUACCUCAAGGCAGUAGCUCUCAGAGAUCCUCACCACUAGAGCUUACUGAUGAAGAGAUUGACAUAGAGAUUGAAAAGAUAAUAAGAAAGAAGUCUCUAGAAAAAGAAAAGAAAUCUUCAUUUGUUGGCAGCCAAAAAUUGUCAGUUAGCACUAAGCAGGCCUCAUUUGUUGUAAAAGAGUCACCACCAAAACAGAUAUCCAUGCUUCAAUCCGAGAUGGCGUGUAUUAAAAAUGAAUUUGAUAAUUUGUCACUAAAAUCUGCCAAUGGCACAAGUGUGGAAGACUAUAAUGGAAUGUCUGAAUCAAUAGAAACAUCUCAGACAUCUAGUGUGAAGCAGGAAUCAGCUUUGUCAGAUGUGAAGACAGUUGAGGAGAGUACAAAAGCUGACACAGAUGAUAUACACACUAAUAAUUUAGAUAAUCAAUCUAAUGAUAGUAGAGACAACAGUAAUAAUAGGUUCUCAACAGAACCAGCCAGACGCAUUUCUGAAAGAGAUUCUGCGAACCAUAGCCCUGUUGAUCCUAUGUUAGCUAGUCCGUCAAUGUGUCACUUCUCUGAUAACCAUAGUGAGGGCUCAAGUGACAGUGGAAAAGGUUGCUCAGAAGCAGCCAGCCCUCCACCCACUGGCAUGAACAUAGUGCCCACUGAGGCCGGGCUUAGAAUACACCAAUUUGUAAUUUCUCAGACCCUGGUUGGUCUUUUAAUAGGAAAACAGGGAUCUUUUGUAACCCAAAUUAAAGCUAAAACUGGUGCAAGCGUGUACGUCAGGAGGCAUCCGGAUUCUGUGAAACAAAAGAUUUGUGCAGUUGAAGGAACACAAAGUGAAAUUGAAGCAGCAUUAGAAAUGAUCAAGGAAAAAUUCCCUGAAAAAAGGUUUCCAAACUUUUCUCUACAAGAAAUUAGUGCAGAAUUGUAUCAAAGACUUGUACCACUUGUACCAGAGUUCCUUCAAUUGCAGCUCGUGGAGUCCGUCAACAACGACACGAUCAUGACGUGCCUGGUGAGCGCGGGGCACUUCUUCCUGCAACAGCCGCUGCACCCCACCUUCCCCUCGCUGCACGCGCUGCACCGCCUCAUGGCUGCCACCUACCAGAAUCCGGAUGUGCCCGCGUUGCCACGCCCUGUGAAAGAGGGCUCCAUCUGCGCGGCGCCCACAGAGAACAACUGGUACCGCGCUCAAGUGAUCUCAACGUCAAAAGAGCAUGACACCUCCAUCGUAAAGCUGGUGGACUUCGGCGGCUACCUCACCGUUGACAACGACCAGCUCAAGCAGAUCCGCUCUGACUUCAUGACCCUGCCCUUCCAGGCCACCGAGGCUCUUCUGGCGUUCGUCAAGCCAGCAAAUAAUGAGCUGGAGUGGAGCAGCGAGGCGCUGCGCAUCAUGGCGGGGCUGACGGCCGGCCAGCUGCUGCACGCGCAGGUCGCGGGCUACGACGAGGCCGGCCUGCCCUUAGUGCACCUCUACCUCACCCUCCAUCCGCAGCAAGUGAUAUUCCUGAACAGGGAGCUGGUGGACCGCGGGCUGGCGGAGUGGGAGGUGCCGGCGGACUCGUGAGCGCCGGCGGCGGGGCGCUGACUAGUAAUAUGGGAUUGCAUUUCAAUCGACGUGUUGUCGUGUGCUCGGACCGCUCCGGGCACCGCCUAAUGUAGUUAAGCAAACGCGGUCUCGCAAUUUUAUUUGCGUACUUUUAGUCUAUGACUUGGCACUUGGAGCUCUUCAAUAAACCUCGUUUUAUUUCAAUACCCUUUGCUUAUAUCUGGAACACGAAAACUUAUCUCUAAUUUUAGCUUAUUUAUGUAUGAGCAGUAAAUUAUAACGACGAUGAGAACGUAGCGUAGUGACCGUAUGAUGACGUUAUAUUAAUAUAAUGACGCUCUAAAUCACUUCUAACUUACUAUUGAUGCAGUAAUAUGUCUAAGCUCCCACAACCGGUAAACUAGAUUACAAUACGCUUAAAAAUAAACUGUAGUCCUAGUAACUGCAACUGAAUCAUGUCUGUUAUUUUUAAGUUUAUUUUUUAUGUCAGAUACUCACGUUUACACGACGGAAACGACGCCGUGGUGAGAUUUUAAAUAAGAGUUUCAGGAUGCUCAUUAUAUUACUAACAACUGCCGACUGCAUUUUUUCUAAUAAUUUUCUCGGCGUUAUAUGCAGUUGUUUUAUUAGCAAUAACCAUUAACCAAUUGAAUUCUUUGGAUUUAGUUUCAUUUUCACUGUUUCAUUAGUGCCAAAAUUUUCAGUUGAUGUUGUGUCGUAAAUUUGUACAAAUAAAAACGUUUCAUGUGUAUACAUGGAUAUUUUUUAUAUCACGAGGCUAUAUAGCCUUGUAAGGAUGUGCCUUUGAAAUGGAAUUUUUCUGUUACACUUCCAGCAUACACCGAUGUAUGUAAAAUAUAUUAUUUGUCACAAAGACAUAUGCUUAAUAACAUUAUUUAAUUUGGCGAGACUAACCGCGGCACUGGGGUACCCUGUGAAUCCAAUACACUGUACCUGCAGUACACUGUAUCGCAGUUACAGUGUAUUGGAUCCAGAGGGUACUGGGCAGUGCUCAUUUUACAGUGCCACAACCAUGAGGAAUGUACUGAUUGUAUUUAUCUAGGCCUCAGAAACUGUUUAGUUUCGCCAACAAAACUAAACAUACAUGUAAAAAUUGUUUGUGACAAACAAGUAUUUUAUUUAUAUUUUUAGAUAGUAAAUUAUCCCCAUUGUGGGGAAUUUUGCUUUUAUAACAAAUGACUGAGAAUAAAUGUAAAUUAUAUCUGUAUAAACUGCAAGUGCGUUAAACGUAGUGUGAAUGAAGCAGGUGAUAUUGUAUCGGUAUGAACUUGUCAAAAUUAUUCUUGUUUGUUAUUGAUAAAGAUGGCUAGAAAAUUUGAAAUACCAAUAACUAUUUAGGAUUCUGCAACAAGUGUCCUCGGCUUACGACUGUUUUUUUUUUAAUUAGCCAUCCACUACCAAGAGGCACUAGUCUAAUUUAUCUAGCCAUUUUAAUCAAUGAUCCUUCCGCUUUCAUAAAAAGUACAAUCAGUUCGCUUUCUUCCAGAUAUCGAAUUACAGAACAUGAUAACCGCAAUGUCAUAAUAAAAGAUGGUAAAUUGUUGAGUAUUAUAAUUGACGUAUAAUGAGCACGUUGGUUAUCCUGACUUUUAAUAGUCUAAUAGUGUACAUAAUAGAAACUUUUAAGUAGAUUUAAAGAUAUUUGAUAUUUUGUAGUAUUUUUAAUAUGUUGAAAAAUUAAGUGGUUGUCUUUAGUGUAUUUGAUUUUUGUAUGCGUAUUGUGUAGAACUUGGCAUUUGGGAUGCUUAGAAUGUGACUUUCCUUUGUAGUUAAUUUCAGAUUACGGCGCGGAUGGCGCGGAUUAGGAUUAAUUACUUCAUCGAGUAACAGCCAGUGUUAAUUUUAUUAAAUUUACGUAUCGUAGUUGUUAACGACGAUAAAACAUUUAUUAGCGUAAUGACUAGAUUACACUCGGCUCGGUUUGCAUAUUGUUGACGUCCCUAUUGUAUAUAAACUAAUAUAUUUGCGGUUAAAUAAAUAAAUUAUCGUUUUGAAAACCA